GGGCCUCUGAAAAAAAAAAUCCCUCCUUGGCCGUCGUCCCAAGAGCGCCCCUCCUCCCCUCCUCCCCCACGCAAUUUUUGGGUGGUGGAUCCACAGGCCGGAGCUUACCCAGGCCACACACCCCGGUCGGCAAGCACACAGCACAUACGGUACAAUUACUAUUACACACCCGACUUCUUUCCUCCUCUCCUUCCCUCUUUUCCCUGCGUCCUCCUGUGUUUGACACUCUCCACUCUCCACCCUGUAGCUGGCUGAAUUGAUCUUUCGAUGUUGACCGGGUGACAAGCCAAUUUCCGCUUUUCAAUUGGGUUUUGUGGUCUGCGCAUUCGAGUCAGAAACGGGAGAUAUCAGGCAUCUCACAGAAACCAUGCUGUCCACGUCCGUCAGGGCCUUCCGGGCCGGGGCCCGCCGAUGCGCUCGACUGCCCAAGCCUCAGACCGCUGCCCCUCGUGUGGUCGCCAGCACGCGACUUGCCGAAUGCUCCCGCCGCGCCCUGUCCACCUCGACCAAGCAGCUUACCGAUCUCAGCACCCGUGGCAUAGUCAUCCAGACCCUGAGCAGCGUCGGCUCUAAGAGGGAGGUCCAGCAGUACCUGUCGCACUUUACAUCCGUCUCGUCGCAGCGGUUCGCGGUCAUCAAGGUCGGGGGAGCCAUCUUGACCGACUACCUGGACGAGCUGUGCAACAGUCUGGCGUUCCUCUACCAUGUGGGCCUCUACCCGGUUGUGGUUCACGGCGCAGGCCCGCAGCUCAACAAACUCCUGGAGGACGCCGGGGUUGAGCCGCAGUUCGAGGAGGGCAUCCGCAUCACGGACGAGAAGACCCUUGCCGUGGCCCGGAAGCUGUUCCUCGAGGAGAACCAGAAGCUCACCAACAGGCUCGAGGAGAUGGGUGUCCACGUCCGCCCCAUCACCAACGGCGUGCUCGAGGCAGACUACCUGAACAAGGAGAAGUGGAACCUGGUUGGAAAGGUCACCAACGUGAACAAGGACCUGAUCGAGCAGGCCAUCAACCACCGUUGCCUCCCCGUCCUGACGUCUCUGGCUUACACCCCCGAGGGCCAGUGCCUCAACGUCAAUGCCGACGUCGCGGCCGCCGAGCUCGCCCGCGCCCUGGAACCGUUGAAGGUGGUCUACCUGUCGGAGAAGGGUGGUCUGUUCGACGGGGAGGGCGGCAAGAUCUCUGCCAUCAACCUGGAUGAGGAGUUCGAGUAUUACAUGUCUCAGGCAUGGUGCAAGUACGGAACUCGCCUUAAGAUCAGGGAGAUCAAGGAACUUCUCGACACGCUGCCCCGCUCGUCAUCCGUCGCCAUCAUCCACCCACAGGACCUCCAGAAGGAGCUCUUUACCGACUCUGGUGCGGGCACGCUCGUCCGGAGGGGCAACAAGUUGGUCGCCUCCACGAGCCUCCAAGAGUUCAGCGACGUCGAGAAGCUCAAGGAGGUCCUCAUCCGCGACAGAGAAGGCCCACACGCGCGGCAGACCGUUGACACAUACAUUGAGUUCUUGAAGGAGAACCCCUUCAAGGCAUAUUACGACGAGGCGCUGAAGGCCCUGGCCAUCGUGCUGCCACCUAGCGAGUCCCGCCCCCUUGCGACGCUUGCGACGCUUACUAUCACCAAGUCUGGCUGGCUGAGCAACAUUGCCGACAACCUCUUCACCGCCAUCAAGAAGGACUUCCCAAAGCUUGUCUGGACUGUCAGGGAGCAUGACGAGAACCUGACAUGGUUCUGGGACAAGGCCGACGGAAGCCUGUCUGUUAAUGGCGAUGUCAUGUUCUGGUGCGGCAUCAAGGACGGGAACGAGGUCAUCAACGCCAUGAAGGACUUUGAGACGCAUGGACGGGAGAUGCUGGGUGACUCUAACCUAGAGGCUCGGAUGCAGAGGGCGGCCGUCAAUGCUGGCGCUACCUCGGCGUCCCGGGCGACUCCUCAACAAGCCCGGGCAUUCUCGACCAUGACCAGGCCUCGUUCGUGGCAGACCAGGACAUCUGGCCAGGCCCGAGGUUUUGCGACAACCACUAACCCCAACCCCCCAUUGGGAAAGAGGAACAAGACGAGGGACGGACCGGCCAAGGUGGCUUUGAUUGGCGCUCGUGGGUACACAGGUCAGGCACUGAUCUCGCUGCUGAACUCUCAUCCCAACAUGGAGCUGUCGUACGUCUCGUCCCGCGAACUGGCAGGGACGCCGCUGGAAGGAUAUGACAAGGCCCAGGUUACCUAUGUCAACCUCAGCCCCGAAGAUGUGCGAGAAAAGGAGAGGGCUGGCGAGAUUGACUGCUGGGUCAUGGCGCUGCCAAACGGCGUCUGCAAGCCAUAUGUCGAGGCCGUCCACGAGGGUCGCAAGUCGUCCAGCCACAAGAGUGUCAUUGUCGAUCUGUCGGCCGACUACCGAUUUGACAAUUCAUGGACGUACGGCCUGCCUGAGCUGGUUCCUCGGCAAAGGAUCCACGAUGCGAUUGACAUCUCCAACCCCGGUUGCUACGCCACCGGAGCCCAACUCGGUCUUGCGCCCUUGGUGGAGCACCUGGGCGGCGAGCCCGCCGUAUUUGGCGUCUCUGGAUACUCAGGCGCAGGCACCAAGCCCUCGCCCAAGAAUGAUGUUGAAAACCUGACCAACAACCUGAUUCCGUACUCGCUGACCGACCACAUUCACGAGCGCGAGAUCAGCACGCAGCUCGGGCACAGUGUGGCCUUCAGCCCACACGUGGCGGUCUGGUUCCAGGGAAUACACCACACCAUCAACAUCCCACUCAACAAGACCAUGACAUCCCGGGACAUCCGCCAGCUGUACCAGGAGAGGUAUGCCGGCGAGAGGCUGGUCAAGGUGGUCGGUGAGGCGCCGUUGGUCAAGGCGAUCAGCGGCAAGCAUGGUGUCGAGAUUGGCGGUUUCGCGGUUCACAGCUCGGGCAAGAGGGUCGUUGUCUGCGCGACUAUUGAUAAUCUGUUGAAGGGGGCUGCGACACAAUGUCUGCAGAACAUGAACCUGGCCCUAGGCUACGCUGAGUACGAGGGUAUCCCUCUAUGAGUGCAUGCUCUAGGUCAUGGGGGAUGAUGCUACAGAUGCGGGCCACCACAUUUACGGGUGACCUGACGGCCAAUGACACGUUCGACUGAAGCGUAGGAUUAUCACAGUCCAUUCGCCUGGAACGUUUCGGAGAGCUCUUACGGCGCCGGAACCUUACAUGUGUCGUCAGGGGCUCGCGGCGCCAAUUAUUUUUAUGCAGCCGAGGGAGAGGAGAAAGGCGGAAGUUUGGCGGUUGGAUAGGGGCAUAGCAGUUUUAUUUGAGGCAUCUGGCGUUCUGGGAUAACAAAAAGGGUAUAAAGCGGUUGUGCCACGUGCUGUACAACUCGAGUGAUUCACUUUUUCAAGGUGUUGUCUAUUGAUAGUUGAGUUUUGUAGCGGUAGAUCAGAGAAUCGCACACACUUUUUAUU